AUACUGUCUCACCGUCGACUGCAAUUGUUCCUCCUGAGAUUCCGUCCUUUCAACAAGCUUUUAACAUCGAUAAGCCCUUAGUGAUCCUUCCACAGCCUACUCAACUUAAAGAUGACGGGAAAAUUCUUCCUCAUGUUUUUUCGGAGAAUCUUGCUGUGUUAUAUGCAUGUCUAAAAUUGGGUCAGAUCGAACGUGCCAAACGAAUUUUCGACUAUUUAGAAAGUAAAGGCCCUAUGGAUAUGAAACAUCUCUUAGACGUCAAUUUGCACAACGCAUUUAUCGAAGCUUUUCUGGAUGCACCUGUUCCGGAACUUAAUUUAGCAUUCGCUUGGUUAGAUAGGAUGUGUGAUAAAUGCCACAGCAAGGAUUUUCAAUGUACAACGAUGCUUCAAGUUAUUGUUUUCGAAAUGGAAGAUAAAGGUUUUCGAUUUGAACAAUUAAUUGAAAGCAAUUUAUUAUCUGAUGAUGACACCCAUAAAUUACUUGAGUUGUUAAAUUCUGAUAAAGAAUCCAGUCUUUCAAAGCGACUUUUAAAACAGCUUGAAGAUGAAACAACAACCCCUUUGACUAAAGAACCCAUUCCAACAAAG